AUGGCGACAACAUCACCGCCAAAACCUUGGGAAAGAGGUGGAGCUGCGGGCGCAAACACAGCUUCCUCUACGGGCUUCUCAGCAUCAACUCCACAAUCCUCUGCCUUAUCAUCCUCCUCGACCUCAUCGUCGGCGCCCGCUGUUCCCGAACGGCCCUCGACUCUCACAUCUGCUGUCAACAGAAACGCCUCGGCGUACUCUCCUUACGGUACCCCUGGAAUUGGAGGCAUGGCGUCUCCUUACGGUGGGAUUGGCUCUGCAUACACUUCUCCAUACUCCAGAAUGGGAGGCUACGGCGGCUACGGCUCUGGGAUGUAUGGAGGGAUGGGUGGGAUGGGUGGAAUGGGAGGGAUGGGAGGCUAUGGCUCAAUGUAUGGAGGUGGCAUGUACGGUGGGGUGGGAGGGAUGCAAGGAGAUCCAAACAACCCGAACAGUUUAACCCACGGCUUUACGCAGAGCACGCAGGCGACUUUCCAGAUUAUCGAGAGCAUUGUUGGCGCUUUUGGAGGGUUUGCGCAGAUGUUGGAGAGCACAUACAUGGCUACGCAUUCCAGCUUCUUUGCAAUGGUAUCCGUAGCCGAGCAGUUCGGUAACCUCAGAAAUACCCUUGGAUCGAUUCUAGGAAUAUUUGCAAUACUGCGUUGGAUGAGGACUUUAUUCGCCAAGCUCACAGGACGGCCACCUCCAGCAGACGCCACAGCAUUGACACCCAGUGCCUUUGCCAAAUUCGAAGGGAAGAAGUUUCUCCCGGAUGGCUCCCCCGCCAGUCCUCCACGACCAAGCAAGAAGCCUUUCUUGUUUUUCUUGGCCGCAGCUUUUGGCCUCCCAUACCUGAUGGGUAAACUCAUCAAAGCACUCGCGGCAUCCCAAGAAGAGGAGCAGCGAAGAUUAGCAGCCGCUGGUCAGAUAGGACCAGACGGUCAACCUAUACAACAAAUCGAUCCUUCGAAACUGCCAUUUUGUAAGGUGUUAUACGAUUUCACGCCUGAGACAGGAGCCGCUGUGCAGGGUGUUGACCUUGAGGUCAAGAAGGGUGACUUUGUUGCUGUUUUGAGCAAGAGUGACCCAAUGGGCAAUCCGAGCGAGUGGUGGAGAUGUCGAGCCCGCGAUGGACGAAUGGGAUACUUACCAGGAGUCUACCUUGAAGAAGUCCAGAGACGACCAGGGCAAGCAGUUGCAGAGAUCAAGAGUGCGAGUCAGAGUGGAAGUCGGACGAAUAGUAUGACGAGCCAGAGCGCGAAACCGCCGGUGCCAGGAAAGGCGGGUGAUAUGAGUGUAGAGAGCUUUCAGAAGAGUCAGUUCUACUCGUAG